AGCGGUAAUACAUAUGUCAAAUUUCUACUUUUCAUUAAUUUAUUUAGUAUGCUUUGCGAUUAAGUUGAAGAUCUCUUUUCUCUUCCAUGCUUGAUUAUCACAUCACUCAAUCUCUCUGUAUCAACCAUUAUUACAACCAUUCUCUGUGUAUAUAAAUAGGCUGUUCCUCCUUCUCGUUCUGUGCUCAAACCAAACCAAAUCAUCUUUUUCUUCUUCUAUCAUCAUUUCUAAAUAUGGGUUUUGAUAGCAUUUUCAAAUAUUUACUAAUUUUUAAUAUCAUCUCUGAAGUUGUGGCAAAUGAUGCCGACCUGCUUCAGGAUAUUUGUGUAGCGGAUUCCUCUUCAGGAGUUAAGGUGAAUGGAUUUGUAUGCAAAGACAGUGCAAAUGUAACGGCAGAUGAUUUCUUCUUUGGAGGCUUAGCCAGCCCUGGAGUGAUCAACAAUUCAGUUGGGUCAAUUGUAACACUAGCCAAUGUUGACAAAACAGGGCUUAACACUUUGGGAGUGUCACUGGCUCGCAUCGACUAUGCACCCGGUGGCCUUAACCCACCGCACAUCCACCCACGUGCCACUGAAAUAGUUUUUGUGCUUGAAGGUCAAUUGGAUGUGGGAUUUAUUACUACUGCUAACAAGUUGUUCUCCAAAACUAUCAAGAAGGGGGAUAUCUUUGUCUUCCCAAAAGCUCUGGUUCAUUUUCAGAAGAAUAAUGGUGACACUGCAGCUUCAGUUAUUGCAGCAUUCAACAGCCAAUUGCCUGGUACUCAAUCCAUUGCAGUCACACUGUUUACGGCUACACCAGCUGUGCCUGACAAUGUUUUGACUAAGGCCUUCCAAAUUGGAACCAAGGAGGUUGAAAAAAUAAAGUCCAAGCUUGCACCCAAGAAAACCUAAACAAGUCUUCCAGAAAGAGCUUUUGAUAUAUCACCCAUUUUUGUGGAAAACUUUGUAUCCAUCUGAUAAAAUAUAUAUUACAUCAUGUGGGCUUAUGAAUGAUUCUUGAAUAAAUUUUCUGGGACGGCUGUUCUUUUAGAAUUA